GGAAUUUUCAUGUUUUAUCAUAUAUUUUCCGAUUCUAUUCAGACCGGAUGUUGACAAUGGUUUUCUAACCAAUAUCAGUGAAAUUUGUAAUUUUAGUUAUCGUCAUCAAGAAUAAGUAUGCCACCAAAAAGAACAAGCCAAGCUCGCGCAAAACCAUCAACUGUCUCAAAACAAAAGAAACGCAGGACAUCAAUGAACUUGGAAGUGGUGUCGCCAGCUUUAUCCCCCGAUGUACUGGAAACCAUCACAGCACAGGUGACCCAGCGGGUGACGGCCACAAUUAGAGACGAGUUGACAACGCUGAUAAACAACAUUAACAGCAACAGUGCUUCAAAUUCUCAGGGGAGUAUUAGUAUAAACCCUCUAGGGGCAUCUAACAACGAUGAUAAUGACGGGUUGGUAAGAGAAUCUAGAUAUCUGGACAACGCUAUUCAACACUCAGUUGAAGCGGUAGUUGUGGAUCACACUGAGAAAAUCGCUGGUAAGUGUCCGACAGGUUUUGUUAGUACAGCAGUACCAAUUGAUGCAAGGGUAUCGGAUCAAACUAAAUCAAAAAUUUGGUCAAACCAGUAUAUAGAAUUUGCAAGCCUUUUGUCGAAAGACAAACAAAAGAAAGGUAAGUUAUCUAUUCAGGUCGAAGAUGGUGACAGUCCAGGCAAGCUUACAAUCCACCAGGUAGAGAAUGAUUCCCAAAGCGAGGUAACUCUCUCAUCCAUGCAUGACUGGCUUACAGCAUGGAAUAGAUUUGCUGCAAUUUAUUGUAUUAGAUACCCAGAACAACAAGCUAAAUUAGCUAAACAUUUAGAAUCAGUCAGAGAUAUUGCAGAUGCCAAGGGCAAUUGGAAAGCUUAUGACACCGAUUUUAGGAUGCUUGUUGCCCAAGGACAAGUUUCAUGGGGUGAUGUACACAUGGAGUUAUAUGUUAAUGCCAGACUGACGACAGCUCUAUCUUCAAAACCUAACAAAAGUCAGAAAGAUAUGUCAUAUAGCUCUAUGCCAAGAGGUGUCUGUUUCCAGUACCAUUCAGGUAAGCAUUGUUCAGCAGGCUUGUCUUGUCGCUUCCAACACAGAUGUUAUAACUGCGGCGGGUCACACCCUUUUAUUCAAUGUACAAAGCAAGCCAAGCAGCCCUUUCGGAUCAUGCAGAGGUAUCAAAACCAAACAGGUAGUACAAAUACAGGGAAACAAUAUAACCAAUCAAAAUCAUUUGGUACAUCCAAGCAAGGGCCCAACACCAAUCAAGGUAAAUAGACUUGCUCAUUGGUUAUCAGGGUAUGAUGAAGAUGAAACUAAUUUUCUAGUUCAGGGUUUUUCAAAGGGUUUUUAUUUAGGCUUUGUUGGAGAAUGUCCUGGAAUAGAGUCAAAAAAUUUAAAUUCGGCUCUUACAAGACCAGAAAUUAUUGAUCAAAAAAUACAAAAAGAAAUUUCGGCUGGUAGAGUUCAAGGACCUUUUGAAAAUAAACCAUUUUCCAAUUUACAGUGUUCACCACUGGGUUUGGUUGAAAAGAAAGAGCCAGGUGAAUUUAGAAUGAUUCAUCAUUUGUCAUACCCAGAAAAUCAAUCAAUUAAUGAUGGCAUACCACCUGAUGAGUCAUUUGUUCAAUACUCAUCUAUUUCAGAUGCUAUUCAUUUCAUAAAAAAGUGUGGAAAAGGUGCUUUCUGUUGUAAAACUGACAUUAAGUCAGCAUUUAGAAUUAUUAAUAUUCACCAAUCUCAGUAUCAGUUUCUUGGGUUCAAGUGGAAGAGUAAAUAUUACUUUGAUACAUGUUUGCAGUUUGGUCUAAGUUCAUCUUGUAAAAUAUUUGAGCGAUUCUCCACAGCCCUACAAUGGAUAGCACAAAAUAAACUUGGUAUACCAUGUAUAUCACAUGUUUUGGAUGACUUUGUCAUUGUGGAUAUAUCGCCAACUCAAUGUGUCUACAAGCUGAAAUCUUUCUUGAAUAUGUGUUCAGAUAUUGGGGUUCCCAUUUCACUUGAAAAAACAUGUGGUCCUAACCAAGUUAUAACUUACCUGGGUUAUGAAUUGGAUUCAACAAAAAUGGAAUGCAGAUUACCAAAGGAAAAAAUUGUAAAGUGUGUCAACAAAAUCCAGUUUGCGAUGGAACAAUCUAAAUUAACAUUAAAGCAGCUGCAGUCAAUUAUAGGUUUAUUGAAUUUUGCUUAUAAUGUAGUGU